AUGCCAGCGGUGCUGCAGGGGGAACCCCCUGGCCUGGAGGUUGCGGCGCAGGCCAGCUGGUCUCGGGAGCGCGCCGUCGAGGGCGUGCAGCCAGCACCCGGGGGCGAAGAAGAGCCCGUGGUUCGGAGGGGCAGCGCAGGGACCGAUCUGGCCAGCGACGCUGGUGCAGAAACGGCGCUCCGCUCUCCACCGCAGGGCGCCGACAUCGCCGAGGACAAGGAGAACGUCGAGGACCCUGGCGAGAACGGCGGGGGCAGCGCUCUACUGAGCAUGCUCAAGGCAACGCCCCUGUGGUGGCGGCUGGCUUCCCGAGGCACGCCCAGCUCGGCGGACGACCCAGACGGGCGGCUGAUGAUGAUGGUGGAGGAGCUAUGGCUGGGCUUCGAGGGGGAGAUCAUGUACCUGCCAAGGAAGGACCGCCUUCGCGUGCUGCAGGCGCUUUGCGUGGCUGCCCUUGCCCACAAGGGCCAGAAGCGCAAGUCGGGCGAGCCCUACAUAGUGCACCCCGUUGCGGUGGCCGAGUUGCUCGCCUCCCUGCGGCUCAAAGCCGAAGUGGUGAUGGCGGGGCUCCUGCACGACACGGUGGAGGACAACCAGGAGAUGCAGUUUGAGGACCUGGAGGAGCUGUUCGGCCAGGAUGUGCGCAAGAUCGUGGAGGGCGAGACCAAGGCGUCCAAGCGGACCGCUGUGAUGCGGUCCGACGACGCCUGGAGCGCGCUGUACCACCCCGCGUGGAGAUUCGUCUUCGGGGCUAGGCAGCAGGGCACCGCUUCCUCCGCGGAAGCCGCGAAAGCGCGCGAGCAGGCGUACAACUUGCGCGACAUGUUCUUGGCGAUGGCGGACGACUGGAGGGUCAUCAUCGUCAAAUUGGCCGACAGAUUGCACAACAUGAGGACACUGGAUUUCAUGCCCGCGGAGAAGAGGCGGGGGUCGACUGCUUCAUUAUGGCGCAAGCUGCAGCGCAACCCAAAGUAUCGCAACAACCUCGACAACGUCUCGGACAUCAUCGCGCUCCGCGUGGUCUUGGACGUCGACCGGCGUCCCGGAGAGUCCAACGAGCAAUUCGACCUCCGCGGCAACAAGCUGUGCUACCACGCGGUGUCGCUCGCGUCGCGGUGGGACCUCGGCGAGGAAGGGUCCGCGUCCCGGUGGAAUCCUGACGUCACACCGCGGCUCGCCGCCGCGCGUUCGCUGCGCAUUAAGGACUACAUCCGGCUCCCGAAGCCCAACGGGUACAGGUCGCUCCACCUCCUGCUCACCGGUGCCCCAGUGCCCCUGGAGCUGCAGGUCCGCACGCGCCAGAUGCACAACGUUGCCGAGUACGGUGCCGCGGCGGGGAGCGCCGCUUUGCCACCCACUCAGCGCAUGGCGCGAUGCCACAUCCGUGUGCAGCGCGCCUCCGACAAGGUCGAGAAGAUUAAGUCGCAGAUCGCCGAGCUGGAGAAAAAGCGCGACGAGCUGCAGACGCAGGAAGACCAGACACGAGAGGAACAAGACACUAAGACGGUCUGGGCCGACACCGCCCCUGAAGAGGGGCCAGGCACGGUUGCAGCCUUCACCAAGUCCGCCAACGAGAAGGUCGAAGCCGCCAAGACCAAGUUUGUUGGCAACGUUGAGUACCAGGUUGUUUCCGACGUGGUGAAAGCUCCAGGGAUGCAGUAUAUCAUUGCGGGGGGCUUCAAACUCACCCAGGAUCAGAUUGAGCUUUCGGAGUUCAGCGCCCACAUCCACGGCCAGCUGUUCGCGCCCACCUGCGCGAUGGGCACAUGCACAGCCAGCCACGCCGUUAUCGAUAUGUUCACGGCGACGGGGAAGGCGCGCGUCUACUUCAAUGGGGGCGCCAAUGAAACCGACAAGGGGCCCGGCCGCGCCGCCCGCGACGACGAAUUCCGCGGCGCGCCGGAGAUUCAUGGCUGGACCGAGUUUGCUGAGGGCAUUUUCAUCGCUCUGCUCGUGCGAUGGGGGCAGUCAGUCGCGCCCGGCGUGCGAGCCGUGGUUGGCAAGUGGGACCUGCCCCGCGCUGGAGUGUCCUAUCUGCCCGGGGUGCCAGUGCGCUCCCCACUGCGUAAGGACGGCCACCAGGCAGCGGGCACCGUCAACCAGCAGGGCUUGCCGGCGGCUUGUGGGCAGCUCGUGCUGAACACGCGGACCGCCCCAGCGCGGGUGGCGCGCCAGCUGCUGCCAGCGUUGCGCCCGUGGGCGGUGCUGCCGCUGGUGGGGAUGACCAUGGAUUACCCUGAGGUCAACGGGGCAAGAGUCGAGCCUUCGCGGAUGCUGCAGAACGGCGAUUGCAUUAACAUCGUCACCUCGUUGGGCUCCACCCCUCGGUUGGAGUGGCUCAAGCACGCCUUCCUGCGCUCCACGAGGACGGAGAUCAUUGCGCACUUCCGGAAGCUGCAGGAGUCGUGGAGGCAGACCCUGAUCGAUGUGGCUGCGGCCUUGGCGACUGUGGUCUCUGGCAUGGCGGGCGCGGCCCUCGCGUUGCAGGCUCUGCGGGGGUUGCCACGAGUGGAUUGCAGAUCACGCGGCGUGAUCCCGCGGAUAUGCGGCCGCACGGGUCGGAGGUGAAAUCCGAACUUUGCCCUCGCCAGUAAGCGAUUCAGAAUCGAUAGUUUGUGUGGGUUAGGGUUCGGAUGUCGCCACCUAGCGGAUACGCUCCGCGGGGGGCAUCCGCG